UGCUUUCCCCCCACACGGCCGCCACCUCCCAGCCCUCCGACGCCGCCGCCGCACGACGCCGCCGUAGCGGCCGCCGUAGGCCCUCUAUGGGCCGCCCAACGCCGUGUUCGGAGAUUGGGAAGAGGAAUCGGACGGAGUGUGUCCUUUUCCUAGACUACGAAGGAAUGGAAGAUGGCAAUGCCUAGUUGUCUUGUAAGCAGCAGCAGUAUGAAAAGUUGGAAGUGGCCUCUCUCCCCAUACAAAGGCAAGUGGCAACAAACCUUCACUGAGCUGCAAGCAAUGGAAACACUGAAGAAGAAGGUAUCGGAAGAAAAGAACACCCCAACCAAUUUCAUCUCCAUUCUGACUGAUUGCUUUCGCAGCUAUGACUCCGAUCCAAGCCCCUCUGCAUACUCCUUCAUCAUCAAAUAUCUAUUCAACAGACGUCUUUUAGUGCAUGUACCUCUGAUUCUUGAUCAUCUUGAGAAAGUUGAAAGAUUUGAUGUUCCUGAGAGAAUCUUUGUCAAUGUCAUGCGAGAGUAUGGCAGAGUUGACAUGCUUCAGGAUGCUGUCGACAUCUUCUUUAGAAUUCCAAAGUUUCGAUGCACUCCUUCUGUGAUCUCUUUAAACUCCUUGCUCUCUAUUCUGUGCAAGAAGAAGGAGGGCCUUCUUUUAGUCGGAGAGGUCCUGAUGAAGACUCCAGAGAUGAACCUUCGGCUCGAGGUCUCCACCUUUCGCAUACUAAUCAGAGCUCUUUGCAGGAAUGGAAAAGUCCGCUCUGCAGUUGAACUUCUUAACAUGAUGCCGCUUCACGAGUGCACUCCAGAUGGAAAUUUUUACUCAUUGGUGCUUUGUUCGCUUUGUAAACAAGCAGGUUCUUUGGAGGUAAUGGACUUCUUGGAGGAAAUGCGAAAUGCUGGUUUCUUGCCAACCGCAAUUGAAUAUAAGUGUGUAAUUGAUGUACUUGUUAGGGAAGGGAAAGUAGACGAUGCUUACUAUGUUUUCAGGCAGAUCAAGUCAGAGGGCAAAAGGCCAGAUAUUGUCAGCUAUAAUAGUAUUCUAGAUGGAUUUAUCUCAGGAAAUAAUUUUCACAUGGCAGAUGAAUUGUUUGAUGAAAUGCUUUUGAUGGGUCUUGUCCCUGAUGCUUUUACUUACAACACGUAUAUAAAGGGCCUUUGUAAGCAGGUCAAUCUUGAACAAGCUUGUAAAAUGGUCAGUUGCAUGGAAAGAGCAGGAUGCAAACCUGAUCUGGAGACCUUCAACACACUCAUGGCUGGACACAUUAAAGCUGGAAAGAUGGGGAAAGCAAGAGACUUGAUGAGUGAAAUUCUCAAGAAGGGCUACCAGUGGGACUCAGAUACUCAUACAAUUUUAAUUGAAGGAUUGCUUGAUGAAGGUGGAGUGGCUGAAGCAUAUCAGUUGGCAACAGAGAUGAUAUGCAAGGGGCUUGCACCAGGGCCUUCAACUUUUAAUGCUUUGGUAUGUGGCUUAUGUGAGAAAGACCUGCUGUAUGAAGCAAUGCAAGUGCACAAAGAAAUGACUAGCCGGUCCAUAAUUCCCGAUGCUAGGUCAUGGGAAGCUCUCCUGGUAGGGUUCAAGUUGAGUUGCCCGGAAGUUUCAGUUGAUUUGGAGGACAUCAGUUUGGAACCAUCAUCUUGCUGAAGCCUCUGAAUCUCUUUUGGUUGUGAUUAUUUGUGAUUACAUAAUAAUGGCAGCCAUAUUUGGUAACUAUCAUCGAUGUUCAACGAAGUACUCUGCCAGCCAACUGGUUGUCUUGGACCUAGAGCAUGAAAGGUUCAAAUUAAGUUGUACAAACCUAAACUGAUCUUGAAUAAUUUAUCAGCAAUUAUCAUAGGCUUCUAAUCCCCUUCAGCAUUUCAAUGUUUAGAUGUAUGGGGUGGUGCAAUAUUCUGAUGGACAUUAAAAAUAAUUACCUUGACAAAAUCAGAAAUUCUCUUCAUAAAUAAUGCAUUUGACGCAUGGGAGAAUUCUUUUCAUGUACAGUGGAAUGGCAAGCCAGUCUUUGAUAUUCAAGGCUAGGAUGGGGUUUCUGAUCAUCACUUUUAAAAUCCAACUGCUAACAAACUGUGUAAACUGAAUCUGUCUUUGAAGAUGCUUCAGUAUUAUUUUUAACAAUAUCCAGUGAUUAUUUUUAGAAAGAUGAAAUAGAAGGUUAUGUGGGCCAGAUUAUGCUAUGGCUUGAUAUUUGCUUGACUGACAGUAGUUUGUACUGCCAUCUGUAUAUAGUUCAGAUACAUUGGGGUGCAAUCUUCUGUGCUGGUUGAUUUCUUGUGCUUGUGAAUUGAUUGUGGCAGAUUGACAUCUAAUCUUCUUGUAAUUUGGUCCAUAUUAUAGCAUCGAAGAUCAGAACUCUGGUAUUAUGCGGACAAUAAUGAGACAAUUCUGUGAUUUGAGAGAAGAAUUAGGUCUGUCGGGCAUUCCUUGUCAUGUGAAUGAAAGGAAAACAUUCCUUCUAGACCCAGAACCUGUUCAGUCCAGUGGUUAUUUCUGCUUCAGUCUGAAAAUUAGGUGAAUGGCUUGGUAUGUAUAUUUUAAUUAUGUAUGUAACUGUGUUUCAAUCUGAAUUGACCAAUCAAUAGAUAUUCCAAUGUAUUGGAUUUGAACUAAAA